AUGGCUGAACUGCGGGACUUGGUGGGUUCUCUCGCCAGUUCUAGUGCUCAGAAAUUCAACACUAUAGAGCAGUUCAUGGAAAAGGCGUCGCGUAAAUUCCUGGCUCUUGAAGCUGGCCAGAGGAACACACAGGCUGUCUUGCAGGAUAUCCAAACCCAGCUGGGGAGCGUGGCUCAAGCAGUGGCACAAAGGGCUCCUGGUACUCUACCCGGUCAGACCAUCCCUCAUCCUCAGAACCCGAAUGAGCACUGCAAUGCCAUCAUAACCAGGAGUGGCAAGAUGACUGUUGAUCCACCUGCUCGGGCACAAGAGAGAGAGGCCCCUGCCUCGGCAUCUCCAGCAGCUGAAGAAGAAGCAAAAAAGGAGGUUGAGGUGCCUGCACCUAAACCGCACCUUUAA